CUAGGUUGACGGCCGCCUUCAGCUACCUGCCCGAGCGAGGACAUCAUGAACAUCGACUACCUGCCGGACAGCCUCUUGCUGAGCAUCUUCCGACAUCUGCAGUUCAGUGACAUAUGCAAAUGUUCCAGCGUAUGCCAACGGUGGAGGCGGGUGACUCACGACUGGUCACUCCGGCGGGUGAUCGACGUCACCUCGCAGCCGCUGUCGGCUCCACAGGCGUGGCGCCUCGUCCGUCACUGCACUGACGUCAACCUCGUGGAGCUGAGGCUAACGGGGCUCAAAACGGACACCUUUUUCCAAAUGAAAGCGCAGAGACUGACAGCGACACUGUUCAGACACCUCCGAGACCGCUGCUCGUCACUCAAGGUCCUUCAUCUCACGGACGCCUUGAUGGCCGGCAAGGACGCCUCCGUGUCACGGUCGCUCUCGGUCCUCGCCACCAGGCUGACGCACCUCUCGUUGCGGAGGUCGUGCCUCUACCCCAACAAGUUCUUCCAACACAAACCCGAACGGCCGCUGGCCAGCUCCCUGUUGUUCCUGGACCUGGCCAACUGCACCUUCUUGUCGCUGUUCGACCUGGGAUCGCUGAAGCAGUUUCCCUCGCUGCGCGGCCUGGUGCUCGCAGGCUGCUACCCAAUCUACGACGACGGCCUUGCCCAUCUCGAGCCGCUGAUCGCCAACCUGGUGCUGCUGGACAUCGAGCGCAUCUACGUCGGCAACCGGGGCGUAGAGAUGGUGCUCCUUCAGGGCACCAGCCUCCGGUACCUGUUCGUCGGCCACACGGCGUUCGACGGCAGGGCGUUCGAGGCGGUCUGGCGCAUUCUGGGCGGCCAACGCGCGCUCCCCCUCACCCACGUGUGUCUCAGGUGCACGCAAGUAGAGGAGCCGCAUCUGAAGAUGCUCCUGAGGAUGACGCCCCGGCUACAGUGGCUAGUCGCGACGGGUGCCGACAUGUCACCUGACGCCAGGGAGGGCGUCGAGCAGUGUCUGCCCAGGUCGUGCCAAUACCUGGAGGUGGGACCCGGCAACCCGGAAAGCGCGGCAUCUUGUCGACACUCCCUGACCAGUGAGGUGCGCAAGGCGAACCUGAACGUCCCGCCCGCUGACAACUCUUGAAUUGCGAAUGUGUUCGAUCGUGUUGUGUUUUUGUUGUUGUUUUUUCUCUCUCUUCUGCCUUUAGCCCUAAUAAACUGCCACGUCCGUGUUUCUUCCACGUGGGGAUGAGUUAUAGCUAUGUAUCGUCUUCAAACACAUGGCGUGUGCAACCAACAGCUGUUAGAGGCUUAUCGCGAUGAUGUCAGCGUCGUGUUGCGUCUCACGAAAACCUCCUUGCCAUCGGCGAUCUGUUCUUGGCAGCAAUUCCCACUCUGCGGACCUCCUCACUCGUGUUUUCCUCCCCCGUGGCGUGUCUUGCGUUGA